AUGUUAUCCCCCUCCUAUUAUCUCCCCCAGUCCAUCUGGUUGCGGUGUAUGCAUAUGGCCAAAACGAUGGAAUCUGUCCUUCGUGGACGCCCUCUUGAAGUCAUUCAAUUUGAGCCACCCCCACCACCUCCAUUGCCUAAGCCCGGCCCACCCCUCACAGCAUCACCUGCGUCCAUUUGGCACUAUAAGCCGUUUGAUAGCAGACGCCCCAAGUAUCUCAUCGACUCCCUUGUGUCCUCGUUACGUAGAGCGCACAGGACACGCAUUAUGUUGGAGCCACCCCCAGGCCGCGAAACAGCCAAUGUCUCCGACAUCAAACGUCGAAGGCAGACAGGUAUUGUCAUAACCUUCCGUGCUAACAAUGCACUAGGCAUACCCAAGCAGAUCGAGAACAUUCCCGUGGUCCUGUAUAUUCCUGAUGACCUUUUCAAUGCGGACGGACCCUCGCCUCGACUGGUGAUUGCUCUCGAACAAGUCCAUGCUGUCAAAUCAUCGACAACAGUUAUUGCUACCAAUUUCAACGACAUAGCUAUUUUUGGACUUUCCAAUGCAGUAAAUGAGAGGGGUUUUAUACGGCUCUCGACAGACCGCACUCGUAUGUUACUCACGCUCAGGACAGUCACGGCCGCGUAUCUAUUGCGAGCACUGUACCUUGAGAAUUACAUUAGGCUACCCGACGACUUCGGUUCCGACAUGGAUUGCCUCCUUCCUGCAGGACCACCUGUUAAUCCAGCUGCUCCUCUGGUCCCCGACGAAGAGAUAUUCGAGACCUAUCAACACCAUUCCGACUUCGAUCUCGUCACACUCAAAAGAGAUAGAGAACGGGCUCUUCAAUUUUUUCGAUGGAAGCAACAUGUACGAGCCUCGCAACGGAAACUCAUCGCAGCUCCAGAAGAUUUCAUACAAGCAGCAAGCAAUGGCCUGGACUGUGUUGCGCCGGAACUGGCUCCCUGCUACCAGCUGGACUUCUCUGAGAUUCCCCCCGACACUCUUGCACAUCUAAGCGCAGUCCAACGGCCGUGUCCUCUAUCAGCCGCUGGCUUGCGCAAGCGGUUCAUGCGCAGCAGCCGCUUCAUCUUGCAGAUCCUUGAUGUCGUGGCAAAGGGGUCUUCACGUGGAAUCUGCACGGUGUAUCAAUGUCGACUCAUCUCCAUCGACGGCGUUCAAGUCUCUGAAUCCCCUGUACUUUGCUUGAAAUUGUUCGACGAUAGGUUCCAGGACCUACCUCCUCCGGAAGAGGAGGAAUUAGAAGAACAGCCCUCCCGUUGGCUGUCCCGUCUGGUCCUUGCCGAGUGGCAUGCUCGACAAGAACAUAGUGCUUACAAGAAGCUUGAAAAGGCCCACGGAUCGGUUUUCCCCUGGUACUACGGUGCCCACCAGGUUCAGAGUUGCCGCCAUGCAGCGCGAGUCUUAGACCUGGCAGACAUUGCUCAACAUGACUGGCACUCCAGCCAGGUCCUUGUCCAUACGAAAGGCGACCUUACGCAUGGAGUACUGAUCGAUCUGGCCUCCACCACGCAAACCGUGGACCUGCAGUUUCCCAACUGGUGUCAGAACUUCAACGGCAUGCUGCGCGCGCUUCUGUACGGGAUAGGAAAGGAGGGGGAGGACCGUCGUCUUGUUGAAAACUAUGGACCACCAGAUCCCUGGGUUGACAGUCCUACGAUCAUUCCAAUGCCUCCAGGCGAGUCAGAGAUGUUGCAGGCGCCUGAUCCGUUCCCAUUCAUCGACCCAGACCCGGAGGAGGAGGAGCCCAUUCCUCCUUCUCUGAAUAUACGGUUCCUCUAG